AUGGCCCUCGCACUCCUCCCACGACCAUUUCCGACCCCGCCCAUGUCCAUGACCCCCUCGCCCAAGACCUCUCCUUCGCCCAAGACCUCGCCAUCCCCCGAACUCGACGUCACCGAGGAGGACUAUGGUGCGACCUCACCAUCGGCAUCAGGAACUGACGCAGGCAUGGACCCGACAGAUGCCCAGAAAGCAUUGGAGGCCGUCGGACGAGAACUGGAGAAGCUGAAGGGGCGGUUAGACGAAGCUAAGCGGCGGCGGGCGGAGUCAUAA